AGGCAAUUAAUAAUAAUAAUAAUAUGAAUAAUAUAAAUCAUGCGAAUCAUAAUAAUAAUAUAAAUAAUGGUAGUAAUGAUGCCACGAAUGCCACUACACCAACAACUACAAUAACAUUACCAACAACUACUACUACUCCAACAACUAUUAGUUUAAUAACAAUAGCUACAGCCACAACAGCAACAACAACAACCAUGACAAAUAAUAUAGGUAGCGUUAGUAGUAACAACAACACUUUACAUAAUAAUAACAAGAAUAACAAUAACAAUCAGACUACAUUGCAAACAAAUAACACAACGCCAAAUACAUUAACCACCCCAGCCGCGCCUGAUGCUGCAGCUGCCGUGAACCUAGACGGGAAAGUGAUUGCGAGCGCAGCGGACACGGGCGCGGUAAACAAACCGGACGCACACGUAGCGGACAGCGAUGCAAAUGACAGCAGCGAAAGCGCCGCCAAUGACACAGACAGUGACAACAACACCGACAAUGAUAACAAUGAUGUGGACAAUUGUGACAAAUUUAUGACCAAAGGCAACAGCAAACCCAAACUGAAAGGCGGCUGUCAAAACGUUGACGCGAACAGAGAUAAAGACUUGAGCGAAAGCGCUAAUAAGGAGAAAACCAAAACCCAUGCAACAAGCACAAAAACUAACGCUAUAAGGCAACACUGCCAACAGCAACAACAACAGACUGCUACAACAAAAACUGCAACAAGUAUGACAGUAGCGCAGAGUAGCAGCGCGCCACAUGAACAAAAUGAAACGAAUAGCAAAAGCACCAACGAGUCGAUUAGCGACAGCAGCAACAAUAAAAAUAAAUGCAAAAGUAACAGCACUAGCACCAGCAUCGGUGAUGGUAGUAACGGUAGUGGUAACGGUAAGGCCUACUCCAAUUACACGCCCGAACACAAUCUGACAAAUAAUAUAGACUAUAACAAAUAUAACGCAAGCGGUAAACAGCUACAUUUAAACAUAACCGAACCGCAUACGCACACAAUCACCGACGAUAAGCUGCUCAAUACGCGCACACAUCAAAAGUUGCGUCAUAGUCAGCGUCGUUUGCGCACCAAAGCGCUGCUCGACAGUCUGCCACAAAGACUGCGUACGCUUGCGGGCACUGAGCAAAGGGUGGAGGCGACAAAUUCCGCCAUCACCUGCGAUGAACUGCUUGCGGGUAGCAGUGAAUUGUUGCAAAAGAUGAGCAUCAAUAAUCCUUUUUACCGCUUUCGCAAGCAAUCCACCUCACUGAAAGAGAUGCGCGCUGAGGCGUGUGCCGAGCGCAGCUUACGCAAAGCACGCUCUGAUACAGAUAUAUUUAGCUGGCAACUGACGAACGAAAAUCAGGCGCCGAAGAGUGAGGGUAUGACAAGUGUGGUGCAUGAGCGCUUUGCGCGCGCAAUGUUUGGCGGCAUGGGUAACGGACGGGCGCGCAUGGGUAGGGGCGCACUGUAUAAUGCGCCACAAAAGCAUGGUGAAACUGCUGUACAGCUGACUGCAAUAGAUGGUAGUGUUGUAGUUGUAUUAGAUAGUAAGCAUCCUAGUGUAGUAAGUAAGCCUAAAUCUUUGAGUAGUCUUGAAGAGUUGCUCGAUGCAAGCAUUGCGAAUGAUGGCCAUGGCUCACGCGGUUUUAUGCUGGACGCUGUCGCCGCCGAACGCGCAUUUGCCGACACAACCACUGAAACGGAUAGCAGCACCGUCAUCACUAAUCCCUUCUCCAUCUUUCAUGACGACGAUGUGCUUAUGCUGAACGUGGACGCGCGUCUACGCGCAGCCUCAAGCGCUUCACAACAACAGAGAUCAUUGAAAAAGCGUCAGCGCUCUGAGCGAUCUAUACGGCGUCUAUGCGAUGCUGGCAUUGAUGCAGCGAGCACUAAGCGCGCGCCAGUCAAUUAUCAAACGGGUAUAAGUGCGCGUCAACAUUACUUGAAUGGCAUACCCGUAAGUCGCUUUGAGCGGCAAGACUUUGUUAGCACCGCUGCUGCCAUGACUUUGAGGGAGGCAACAAAAUCGCACAAACUCAAACCGAAACUCGUCUUCAAGAAUCUCUCGCUGCGCAAGAUACACAAGUCAGCAAGCGGUUUGCCGGCAACUUCGCACACCAUCACAACUAACACCUCUGAUGCUGUUGGAAAUUUGAACGCACUACCGCAAAUGAAGAAGCUCAAAAUAAGCUAUCCAAAUCGCACGCAAAGCAUACAUAGCGCGCUCGAUGUCAGUUCAAGCGCGCAACUCAGCGUUGGGCUUGUGAGUCCAGGUGGCGCUAGCGGCGCGACAAAGCAUUCCUAUUUCGAACGCUUGCAAGCGAAAACGCGUCAGGGUCUGCAGAAGCUACGCGAUAAAUGCCGCAACUUCAAACAAGCCGCUGGGCACCAUCAACACACCGGCACCAGCAGGGGUUUCAGCACGCUGGCCAAGGAUGACAGCUUUCGCUUUAUAGGCGAUCGUGCGCGCAUCAGCAGCUAUGAAUCCAAAUGCGCCGCACUUAAUGGCAGCAAUGGUCGCCAACAGGCCACCAUCUACAAGAGUUACAAGUCUGAAAUAGAUCUUUCGAAGAAUCUACAUUACUUGGACGCCUAUUUGGAGGAGAAUUUCGACCAACAGCUACGCAGCACCAAGCAAUCGGCAAAUUCAGUGGGACGUGUGAGCGCCAGCCGCUUGCAGCGACAAAAGCUGUUGGAUGGCGGCGAGACGCAGCAAAGCGGCGAGUUGCCAAAAUAUGCAAAGGUGCAGGGGGGACGCGCACAUAAGCGUAGUUUCUCGGCGGCACAGAAACAGACGACAAUCACCGAGCAGCGAGCUGCCGCGCUAGCAACAACCACCAACAACUACGAGAAUGUCGGCACGCUGCCAAUAGCAAGACGCGGCUGCUCAGACUCACUCAGCAGCUCAGACUACGCCUCGGUCUUCAGCGGGCCUACGCUGGCAGUCGAGCCGGCCACGCCCAGUUCAGUUGGAGCAACUGAGACGAUCACACCCUCACUGAUGGAUGAUGCAAGUAGCAGCGCUGGCUUGCGUUACGAGCAUCCAAAGAUGUCACAGUAUUUCUUCAACAAACUCGAUUUAGAAGGCUCGGCAGAUCUCUUGCUGGCGGCGCAGGCUGGGCAUGGCAGCAUUGAGGCAGCUAGCGGCUUCUUCAACACCUGCAGCGAAGAUGAUUUGGUUGAUGAAGACAGCGAGUUCGGUGAGGCAGGUGGCGGUGGGGGCGCUGGUGGCGAUGCGGCAUUGCUGGUUGAUUACAGACGCGCCGCCAAUAUGGAUGAUGGCAUACGCAUACUUGUCAACGAAGUGGAAGACACAGAUUUUCAGCAAGAACUCGAACGUCAGCUGGCGUCAACGAAGCAGCGGCGCACGACGAACGCAACGACUGAUUGGUAUCAACAGCAACAUCCACCAAAUCUAGAUAGCACUGAUGAGCGCAAUUUCCUUCUGGGGUAUAAUGAGAAUUUAGCCGAAAGCCAUUUCUAUCGUUCACUCAAUCAGCAUUUGCAGCAGCAACAGAAGCAACGACAAAGGGAUUUGUAUUUUGAUGUCAACGCCGAUUUAGAUGAGCAUGACGACGACGAUGAGGAAGAAAAUGGCAUUGGCGCGGCCAUAGCAAAUGGGUUGGUGAGCGAGGGCGACGCUGAUAAGGAUAUUCAUUACGAAAGCUACUUAGAACAUUUUUAUCGCGCGAGGAGUGGCCACCAGACGCGCAAAGCGAACUCUAUCGGCUAUGAUGACGAACGUGUCGAGGAUGAUGCUGAAGGUGGUUACGUUACACGUAGCGCGUUCAGGCGCACAGCGCGCGGCAGGAAGGCGGGCGGAAGCGCAUUUGAAUUACGCCACAGUGCAUUGCUGCUACUUGGCGAACAUUUAAACAAGAAUACGGAUCGUAAUAAGGAGGCAGUAGAUAUGGCCUCCGACAAUAGUCGCGCCGCUUAUUACGCGCGACAAUUUUACGGUUUUGGCGGUGACAUAGACGUGAUUGCAGCAGAGGAAGCCGGCACGAGUGGCGCGGAUGUUGAUAGGAUUAAACUGCCAGCAUCAACAAAUAAAUUGCCAGCGCUCACGCCUCUGAGUGGUAAUUUAGCGGUGAAAGGCAGACAACAUGAUACAACAGCGGCGUUUGCACGGGAACCAAGCGAACGCUUCAAAGCUACAACGCAAUCGAGAGUUGAUGCUACAGCAAAUUUGCUGGCUACAACAACAGGCACAAACAUCGCGCCAGACGAAUUCAACACCGCAUACCAGUCCUCGCCAGCAGAAGCAGCUUUAUUGAGAGAGAAAUUCGCCAUACCAAGCACACACUACAUGUCUACAAGCACCAAAGAUAACAUUGACGCGGCGCGUGUUUACAAUGAAGGCGCAACAAAAAAUUACACAGCUGCGCUAACAACGAUUUCCGCGCGCCACCUUCCAGUAGCCGCAACAACACCAACAAAUUUGCUACACCAAACCAGUGGUAAUGCAAGAGCAAGCGCUUAUUUGCAACAGCAGCAGCGUGACCGACAGCAGCACCAACAACAACUUCAGUUGACACCAGCACCAGCUGCGUCUAGCGCCGCCUUGUUUAUUGAGGGUAGCAAACAUAGCGGAAAAUCCGGGCAUCACAUGGAGGCGUUGUCCAGCAGCGCGAAUAAUCGUUACAUGUUGGACAACAUGCGUCGACAUUACCAACAACAACAAAAACAGCAUCAACAACAAAAAUCCACAAACUCCGUCAGUUCGUCGCUCUCGCUAUCGACUUCUUCCUCGUCCAAUUCGUCCGUCUCACAGCCGGUCGCCUAUAACCAGCAACAGCCAUUGCUACUGCCCACCAAUACAGCAAAUACGCAUACGAAAUACAUACAACCGCAACAACAGCAACUACCACCACUUGCCACCUAUCAUACGCGUCGCAGUUCAACUGCCUCAAACGCUUCAUCCUCCGACAAUUUCGACUCGUUCAUUGCAGUGCGUAGCGCACAAACUCCAAGUGGUGGCGCAGAGCUGGCUUCACCGGUGGCCAUUGCUGCCCUGCAGCCUGAUUAUGCUGUUAGUACAAAACUUUCGAGUAGCAACAACAGCGCUGGCGUAUACCAACAACGUCAACAAUUGCUCGCAAACGCACACACGCGCGCACAGACGGCGGCGCAUUAUCCCACCUCGCCGUCAAGCGGCGGUAGUAGCAGCACUGUGCCACUCAUUAACGCGCUCAACUAUUAUGGCACAGGUGGUGGUGGUGGCAGCGGAAUAUCCGAUAGCGCACACCCCACCUACGCCUCAUCAACAGCUUCGGCAUCGGCAUCGGCAUCCGCAUCUUCAUCCUCAUCCUCUUCGUCGACUAAUCAUCGAUAUGCGCUGACCGCAAAUGCUUCUGCGGUCGCUAGUAAUAACUACGCAUUGCUCGCGCAAAUGCAUUACGGCAAUAAAGGAAGCGGUACAAAUUCGGUUGCGAUAGCGGCUGAUGCAGCUAAAGCGGAUAGCGCUAAUCCAUUAAUAUCACCGUCAUAUGCCAGCGAGCGUAAGCCAUUCAUACUCGAAUAUGAGUGUUAGCGCAGAAUUGUGGGAACGAUGCGCGCAGUGGGCGGACGGUGAGCGUUUGGGAAUAAUGUGAGUGGUGAGAGUGAGUUGUAGAGUGUAGCUGGGGAGGGGAAGAGAGAGCAGCAAUUUAUAUAGCGGAUCAGUAACAUUCCCAAAAACGUAGAGGGAUUUUUUUGCAAAACGAGUUGCUAUUAAGUUUUUUUGCGAUGCUAUUCGAAGUCAUGUCAGGAAUGGCAGUUAUUUUUUCACCACACCAACUAAAAAUUUCCUGCAGCAAGAACCGCUGUUCGAUAUUUUCGUAUUAAUGUGUAAUACCUUUUGCUUGCGUAAAUAAAUACAGUUCAUAGUGAACAUAAUGGUACAUUCCCACUGUAGAAAUUGUGAUUAUCAUGACAGUUGUCUUUAUGGUGAGUUUUUUCUUGACAUGAGAAUACGUUUCCAUAUACGUUUGAUAUACGUUGAAUAUACGUUUCCAUAACAAUUUACAGCCAUGGAAUGCUUUCCCUAUCAAAAAAUUGUAUACAAGUAAAUUUUCCCAACUUUUCUGGCAAUGUGUGGAUUUCGCAUGACAAAGUAUCAAACCAAUUUUCGAUAACUACAAUUGAAGUGAAGCGUACUGCCGCAGGGGCGUUGUGCAUUGACCGAAGCAAGAAGUAGUUUGACGGUGCAAAGUCCGGUCUAUAAGGCGGGUGGGUGGGCUAGGACUUCCCAUCGAGUACCAUCGUGAUGGUGUAAUAUCAAUGACUCUAGUCUGGUUGCCCAUUUUGGCCGUUCGUCCGCAAUCGCUCCCUUCAAUCUCAUCAGUUGUUGUCUGCAGAGAGCGCCGACGUACAUAGUGGCCACUUUCCCUGACACGGGUUCGCUGUGCCGCUUUGGAUUGUCAUACUGAUUUACUAUUGAAGGAGUAUUUGGGAAACAGAGACAAGCCGUGCAAACUCUUUGUUUGAGUUCGUUACGCAUACAAUUACUUGC